AUGAAACAGUCAUAAGUAUUAGCACAUUUCGAAAAAAGUUCAGAUGAAAUAACAAGUAAUUGAAAACUUGAAUUAGAAUAUUUUACAAUUAAGUAUAGCAGUAAUUACCAUCUGAUCAGGGAAUUAUAAAAUUAGAGAAAAUUAUUAGAAACUCCAUUAUAGUAGGCCAAAAGAACUUUGAGAUCUCUAGAAUAGGAUGGUGAAAGCAUUAAAAGGAGUGGAACAAGAUAAACAGAUAGAAUGAAGGGAACUUUCUCAUCUACAUUUACCAGACCAAAUUCACAGGUUGAUACAUUCAUGCAUAUUAAUCACUCCUUCGAUAUCAAUGCAGGACAAAAUCAACUAUAGAAUAUGAAAGCUAUUCAGGAAAGUCUAUAAAAUAAAAUUGAAACACUGAAUUUUUCAUUAUAUUGGGAAGCAGUGUUUGAGUUCAGAUAAGAAUAAUAUCUUUACUACUUUGCUCGUCCAGCUACUUAGAAAAUACUUUGGGAGUAUAUCUUCUUAAGUGAUAUUGUAUUUUCGUUUGUACAAUGUUAACUGAAAGAAAACACACUUCACAAUUAACAGAAUUACUACUAAGAAAUGACAGUUUUAACAAAAUUAUUAGUAGAGAAUUUUGCUCUAUUUUUGAAUCAAAUGAUUAAACAUUUAAAACAAAGGAAUUAAUUAGUUGAGUAAUUAUAAUAAAAGAUUGAUGUAAUUUUAGAAAAGAACAAUCCUUGCAUCAGUUUUACUUAAGAAAUAAAAAAAAAUAAUUGUUUCAUUAAGUCGAUUAUUGAAAAAUUAUUACAGAAUGAUAAUUAGGGUAUACAAGCAAUAAUAAUAACUUGCAGAUAUUAAUUAUAACAUUUAAAUAUUUUAGAUGUUACAAUAAGUAGACCACAAUUAAGGAAUGCUAUUUAUUUGUCAACAUAAUAAAUUAAAAAACAAGAGUAUUAAUCUCCCUUGAAAACUUUGUUCAAAGCCUCGCAUGUAGUUCAUAAAAGACAAUCAUAAGCUAGUGUAGAUCUUGUGAAUAGUCCAUUCAUUAAAUCACCAUUUUAAAAACAGUUGUGUAUAAUUAUGGAUUUGGAUGAAACAAUGGGACAUUUUGUAUAGAUUAAUGCGAUAUAUAGAGUGAACAAUUGAACAAAUUCAUCUCCAGACCAUGGUUAUUCCAAUUUCUCGAAAGCAUUAAAGCAUUUUGUGAGAUAAUCCUUUUUACAGCAGGCCAACAAAAUGUAUAGCUUUAAAUAUUAUAAAGUAUGCAGAUAAUGCCAUAUCUCAAAUUCAAUGUGAUCACCUGAUUGAUCAUAAAUUAUAUAGGCAUCACACCCUUUAUAAUGGUAUUCAUUUUAUUAAAGUAUUAAUAACUCUAAGAAAUAGGAUUUAAGUAAGAUAGGAAGACCUUUAGAGAAAACAAUAAUAAUUGAUAAUACUCCUAUCAAUUUUUAAUUGUAAUAAGAGAAUGGAUUAGUUAUUUCAUCUUGGGUUGGAAAAUCAGACGACAAAGAAUUAUUAACCAUAAAGGAUUUGAUAAUUAAAAUUGCUUAAUCUAAUGUUACUGAUGUUAGAAAGGCACUCAAGAAAUAUAGAGAUUAUAUCAGUAGAAAUAAUAGGUGA